AUGCGGCAUGGAUUUCAAGAUGAGUACACAUCUCAGCAGUACAUGGACAUGUUGGCCAAUACUUUCUACAUCUAUUAUGACGACAAGAGGCAUGAGACGGCGGGAAACCCAACUACAGAAGAAGAGAAGGAAAAAAAUUACAAAAAAUACCAACCCAUUGUCGAUUGGAAGAUCAUGAAAGACCGACAGAAGACUGUUAGUGCAGCUAUUGUGUUAUGUCUGAACAUUGGAGUUGACCCUCCUGAUAUCCUCAAGACUCAACCUUCUGCUAAAACAGAGGCUUGGGUAGAUCCUCUGUCGUUCACAGAUAAUAAGAAGGCUAUUGAAUCCAUUGGGAGAGCGCUGCAAACACAGUAUGAGACCUUAUCUUUGAGAACUCGCUACAAGCAAUCUCUAGAUCCAUGUGUUGAAGACGUGAAACGAUUUUGCAACACUCUAAGAAAGACUGCCAAAGAUGAGCGUAUCUUAUUUCAUUACAAUGGCCACGGAGUCCCACAACCUACGCAGAGUGGAGAAAUUUGGGUGUUUAACAGAGGAUACACUCAGUAUAUUCCUAUUUCAUUGUACGAUUUGCAGACAUGGCUUGGAGCUCCUUGCAUCUUUGUGUACGAUUGUUCUUCCGCUGGAAACAUAGUGACCAACUUCAAGAAAUUUGUUCAGAAAAGAAUCGACGACGAUAAUGACGGAAACCAUGAUAUCAGUGCUCCUUCACCCACUGCUGCCUACAUUGAUUGUAUCCAGCUAGCUGCGUGUAAGUCCAGCGAGAUUCUGCCCAUGAAUCCAGACCUUCCAGCAGAUUUGUUUACGUGUUGCUUAACAUGCCCAAUCGAGAUCAGUGUAAAAUGGUUUCUCCUACAGUCCCCUUUGAAAUUUCAUGGCUAUUAUGACCUUUUGUUGGAUCAGAAUGGACAGAUACAGAUUCCUGGUAAACUCACGGAUAGAAGGACCCCACUGGGAGAAUUAAAUUGGAUUUUCACAGCCAUAACUGAUACGAUUGCAUGGUCCAGUCUUCCAAGAGCUGUGUUCAAGAAACUUUUCCGGCAAGACUUGAUGGUUGCUGCAUUGUUUAGAAAUUUUCUCCUUGCAAAGAAAAUUAUGACAGCAAAUGGUUGUAAUCCCAUCUCAGAUCCUCCAUUACCGGAUAUCACUGAUCAUACAAUGUGGGACUCUUGGGAUCUCGCUAUCGAUCAAGUCUUGUCUCAAUUGGUGAAGAAUCAUGAAAAAUUAUCUCGAGAUCCUACUGCUUCAGCUAACACAUUAUUGAGAACAGAGCCCAAUUCUGUUGCUCCCACACCCGUAUCUACUACUACAUCAUUAUCAGACUCUCAAGAUGGAAAUCAGACCCCCCAAAAGCCUCCAGCUCCAGCACCAAGUCAAUCACAAGGUCAAAUAAUUAAUAAUUACCAGCAUUCCACAUUCUUUGAACAUCACUUGACUGCUUUUGAGAUUUGGUUGAAAUAUGGUUCAAGUUCCAAAGAUCCCCCAGAUCAGCUGCCAAUUGUUUUACAGGUAUUGCUAUCACAAGUUCACAGAUUGAGAGCUUUAAUUUUACUUUCAAGAUUCUUGGAUCUAGGUCCAUGGGCAGUUUAUUUGGCCCUGUCUAUUGGUAUUUUCCCUUACAUUUUAAAGCUUUUGCAGAGUCCAGCACAGGAACUUAAGCCGGUUCUAACUUUUAUUUGGGCCAGGAUAAUGUCAAUUGAUCAUAAGAAUACUCAGCAGGAAUUAUGCAAAGAUAAAGGAUACAAUUAUUUUAUCCAAAUUCUGGUGGCUCCCAAACCUACGACUGCUGCUAGUGGAAACCACUUUUUGGUCAAUGACGUCAACUAUGAAGAGCAUAAAGCGAUGUCUGCAUUCAUUCUUUCCCUUUUUGUGAAGGAGUACAAACCUGGUCAGCGGCUUUGCUUCAGCUCAGACCUUGUUGGUACAUGUUUGUAUUACCUUGAAAAAUCAGGACAUCCUCUACUUAGACAAUGGUGUGCACUUUUUACAGGCCAGUUAUGGGCCAAUUAUCCCGAUGGACGAUGGAUUUCUUAUAAAGAUGGACAUGUUGAGCGUUUAACUAAACUGUUGAACGAUCCGAUUCCUGAGGUCAGAGCUUCCAUUGUAAUUUCGUUGACCAACUUUCUGACAACGCUAUCUGAUGAUGAAGAACCGUCCACAAUGAUGAUGGGUAAAGAAGAGUCGAACCAGCAAGAGGUAAAAGUUGCAUUGUCAAUGCUUUUCCUAUUGGCGGAUGGAUCUCCCAUUGUUCGUCGGGAAGUUGUCGUCUUUUUUUCCAAGUUCGUUAUGAAGUAUAUCCAUUUUUUCAUUGUUAGUGCAUGUGGUCAAUUAGAGGAGGAAAUAACUCUAAUUGAUGAUCCCAGCAUGAUUGACGAAGUUAGGAGAAGAAGUAUUAACUAUGGAACCAUCUACAGUUCUGUAUUCAAAACGCUACUGAUUAUGAGUUCUGAUCCUGACGAUGGAGUAAAAGAUUAUGCGCAGAGUUUGGUAGAUUUUAUUAUGAUCAAAUUGAAUCAAAGUCCCCUUGGUGAGAUUGUCUGUGAUAUGGAACAAUAUUUACUACAACGAAGUUCAACCAAUGACACGACCCAGUUGAAAUCAGAUCAAGCCAGCUUGCAUGGAUUGGGGAUGGUAUCCAAUGGAAACCAACUUAAAAUCCAUAAGACGAGAGAUCCUAGCCAUUCAAAGACAGGCAGCCGGUCUCAAUCACUAAAAAUUACUUCAAAUAAGAAUUCUACGACCAUAACACCAUUAUUUGAAGGAAACCAACAAAAUGGACAUAAUCAAAGAUCUGUCUCCAACGUCUCAACCAGUUCACUUACUGAUAGGAUGAGUAAUCUCGCAUUAAAUUGGCUGCGAAACUUUUCUGGUGCUAGCAACAGAAAUAUCCAAGAUCAUGACUCUCAGUUGGCCCCAGUGGAUCUUUCACAUUUGUAUCUCGGAUAUGGUAUCGAGCCCAUUCCUCCUACACCUAGGUUUGUUCCUUUGAAACAAUUGAGUCCAAUCAGCGAACCAACAAUGCCCUUACAUAGUAAAUUCUUUGAGUACAGCAUGGAAUACUUUCAAGAGCCUCAAAUUGGUGUGAAUGAUGUGGAUGAACCAGGAAGUUUUGAGUACACCAGGAGACUUUGGAGAAGGAACCGGAACGAGUCAAUUAUUAAUGAAACACAACCACAAAAGGAUUUGGCUAUUUCAGGGGAUUGGAACAACAAUAUUGCUACAUUCAACAAUACCACUCAGCCAAAACUGUUAAAAUUUACACAAUUUGAUAGCUAUCUUGUAUCUGCUGAUGAGAAAGACAAUAUUACAUGUUUCAACUGGGAAACCAAUGAACAAUUAUCCAGGUUUUCUAAUAACAACCCAUUUGGUACUAAGAUCACUGACAUGAAGUUUAUUAAUGAAGAUGAUAACGCAAUGCUGUUGACAGGGUCUUCUGAUGGUGUAGUCAGAAUCUACAAAAAUUUCCAAUCUAUGGAGGAUAUCAGGUUGGCCACUGCUUGGAGGGCAUUAACCGAUCUUCUGCUUACCUCUCGAACCACAGGAUUGGUUUCUGAAUGGCAACAAUCCACUGGAUCAUUGUUAGUCAGUGGUGACGUCAAGAUUAUUAGGAUUUGGGAUGCUCCUCGUGAGCUAUGCGUGGUCGACAUCCCUGCCAGGUCUACGAGUUCCAUAACCUCUCUGACAUCCGACCAAGUUGCUGGAAAUAUUUUCGUUGGAGGAUUUGGUGACGGAACUAUUCGUGUCUACGAUCGAAGACUGGACUCUAGAGAUUCAAUGGUUAAGAUUUGGCAAAACAGGGAAUCAAGAGGAAUGAUUAAAAACGUUCAUAUGCAAAGAGGUGGACAUCGAGAGCUCAUGAGUGCAUCCAAUAAUAUGGUCAAUCUUUGGGACAUUCGACUAGAUAAACCAAUCGAGUCAUUUCCUCAUAGAUCUAUCACUGCUUCCUUAAUCCAUGAGCAUGCUCCAGUGAUCCUGACCGCUUCCAAGAUAGUUAAUGUCGCUACCACCACAGGUGAACAUGUUUCAACUAUCAGAGAUCCCUCGCCAUAUUUAUCCAAUAAGACUGCUGGCUACGUUUCUUCCAUGAUGCUUCAUCCGCAUAGAAUGAUGGUGGCCACGUCACACACCCAAGACUCUCAUAUUCAGUUGUACAAGUGCACUGAUAAACUAGUGCAGGAACACGAUGGUUACUAG